AUCGGGAUCGAGGUCUCACUUUUCAUUUUGGGAAGUGACGUAGCGUCAUAGCAACCUCGAUACUUGCAUUCAGCUGUUUGGAUUGAGAACUAUUUAAGAUGGCAGAGCAAGCUCAACAGAUGGGACCAGGUGGUGUCCCUGUUGGUGCAAAAACCUCAGAAUUUUACAGAACAGAAAAUGUUCCAAACAGAUUCGAGAACCCAGAGUGGUUCCAGGGAUAUGGGGGUAAGACCCAGCACCCCAUGUACAGGACCAGCGCCUCUGACUACGGCGCAAAGGCUCCAUCCGUCCACACUAUGCCCACCACAUUCCACGCCCGCUCACAAAAGUUCUCAAUGCACCUGGGCCAGUGCGGUAUGUACCGUAACCACUCACUGAACACCGGCCUGGACCAGAGUCGCGUCUGAUGAUUAUUGUACUCUAACCUCCAACAAUACACCGACAGUCAACCACUGUUAUCUUGAAGCCGUUUCUUUUUAAUAUUUCAAAGAAAUAUUGGACUCUGCCUUAAAAUAAUGUCACCUUUGUUAAAUCAUCCUGUGUUUCUAUGUGUGUGCAACAAUGCAGGAAUUUUAUUCCCUGUAUUUUAUCAUCACUUUUAGUAGAUAAGUUUAUUUGGUGAAUUCCCUUUAGUAAUUUUACCCAUGCUUUCUGCCAUUAAAAGUAUUUCAAUAUUUUUGUUUUAUUUCAUAGGUAAGUGAAUUUACUGAUUUGCAUUUUUUAUUCUCUCAUUUUUGUUACCAGUAUCUAUGAGUGAUUCUUGUGUAAAAUUGAGAAUUCAAGAGUGAAUUUAGUUCAUGUAUUUGUUACAAAUAAACAUAUUUUUAAUAUUC